AUGUUUCUUCAAGAAUUUCAGUUUAAGAUCAUCUACAGAGCUGGAAAAAGUCAACAACACGUGGAUAUCUUCACGCGUGACGUCGAGUUUGGUAAGUUAGACGAAGAUAUUGACGCUAGGUGGGUCCUGACAUCACAGACGGAUGUUCAACCGUCAAUGUUGACCCUCAAUGAGACGUUCCCCACGCCUGAAGAUGUCGCUAACGCAUUUGAACAAGAACCUGAACCACCUUUCUCGUAUACACUUCAAAAUGGUCUACCAAUCGUGCGAAAUCGCGUGUAUGUUCCUGAGGUACUCCGACGACGGGUUCUAUUCUACUUUCAUUUCUCCCGAGUUGGAGCCCACCAAGGUGUUCAAAGGUCCUACCAUCGGUUGUCUAAAUACUUCUGGUGGAUUAACAUGAUGAAUGAUGUUCGGCAAUUUGCGAAACAGUGCCUGACAUGCAUUCGACGAAGGCAUACGGCGAUAGACUUCGUGCGAGGUAAUCUACUCUCGACUGGUAUGUUCGAAGUGGUCGCGUGUGAUACGGUCGGCCCUAUCUGGUUUCGGGAACAACAGUUCUACAUAUUCACCUGCAUCGAUCAUUUCAGUAAGUUCGCCAUUGCAAUCCCUCUCCGCACAGUCCGUGCAGUCGAUCUAUGGGAAGCCUUCUACUGCAACUGGGUUGCCGUUCUCGGUGCUCCGAGGAAUCUGUUGAGCGACAGUGCAUUUCGCGCGGAAGAGUUUAGAGAGCGUUGUCAAGGACUGGGAAUGAAUUGUCUCUACUGUUCAACGUACUACCCUCAAGGCAAUGGUGUCGUAGAGGCCUUCCAUCAGUAUCUCAAUAAGUCUGUUAGCGCGUUCGUGUCGACAACAGACUGGAGUUUCACGGAGAUCGUUGCCUCUGCCAUGUUGGCCUAUCGUUCCACGCCGCACCCAACUACUGGUGAGUCACCGUAUCGGAUCAUCACCGGCGCAGACUUGGUUCUACCUCACUUCCAAGAAUGGCACAAGUUCGAGACUUACAUAACGGAUGUGAUUCCGCGUCUCAGGCUAUUGAACACGUUCCGGCAGGAUGCCCUCAACCACACUUUGUCUUCAGUCAGCAAAGGACGACCGCCUGUGAAGAAGGAAAUCUACGUCGGAGAUACGGUGGUGGUGCUCUUGCGUGGAAAGAUGCUGGCUACCAUACAGCAGCGCUUCGGAGUCAGUAAACUCAUUCCCACGUGGUCGGAGCCUUGCCGAGUGACCGCGCUAAAAGAUAACAAGGUGGUCACGCAGUCUGUGUGGCACAAAGACUUAGUGUAUGAAGCUCCUCUUUCGGAGGUCAUGAAGAUAGCACGGAUUCCGGUGGAUCUUCGAGCGCUCACAAUACGAGAAAUCAACUCUGACCAUGACAGGCAUAUACCACGAGAUACCGAUCCGCUACGGCGUGCCAACCCUCAUGAAUCUAGGCCGAGCAUCCCGCGUGGAAGUCGACCUUCGCAGAGACCUAUGAUCCGGCCGUUCACUGGCAGAAGGAAAUCUUCCAUCGACCGACUACUGAUGAAGGAAGCAGGAAACCCAAGAUUUCAUUUCGCCUUGGUACCCCGCGACUCUUAA